CAAGCGAACGGGCGGCAGUCGAUCCUACGAUCCGACAGACACGCUCGUCCCGAGCUGUCUUACAAUUUUUUAUUAAAAAUAUUCCACGAAUAUCAAAGUUAAAGUUAUACAGUGACGCGUAAUAAGUACUCUAGUGUUGUUAAAGCGCGCGAAGUGAAAUCUUUAAAAAUCUGUGGACAAAUACGGUAUUCAAAUUAGGAACGUUCAUCGACACCGUUCAAAGCUUGUUCUUUCCAUAGAGUUAGCGACUGGACUCUUAGAUUUGGUGUGGCUAUGUGAUGUGAGUUAAUUCUAGAUUUUCACCUACAGCGGAAACAGCUUACGUAGACGGCUAGCGGUAAAACGUCGUCCGCGCCGCACGCUAGUUCUUGUUUCAUGUUGAGUAACCGUCAGGUUUCUAAAAAGUGCUUUCGAGCGAACAUACAGCAACGUAUACGUGAAUUUUCGGUGGUUCGCCCACUGGAGUCCCGUUAGAAAGUGUGUGGCACUCUGUGGACUGUUUGUUGAUGAGGUGUGGGCAGGACAAGUGCUGAGGGUUGUGGAGUUAGUGGCGGGCGUGUUGUUGUGAGGUGGUGUAUCAGUGCAUGGCGCGAUGAUCAGCGGCGGCUGGGUGUGCGCUCUGCACGUGCGCACGGCGGGCCUCGGCGGUGCCGCGCUGGGCUCCGACGAAGAGGAGAUCGUCUACCUCGCCUAUGUUGUUAUUGAUGUGCUCACGAAUCAGAUAAUUGGAGAGCGGGAAUAUGCUGUUAGGCCAACGAGGAGGCCGUCAGAGGAAUUACAGACUGGACAACCCUUAGAAGUUAUUGUACAACAGUUCGAUGAGUUCGUGAGAUCGCUGCAAGUGGACCCUCACUCACCUCUCUUCAGGCUAGUGACAGAUGGACAACCACCUUUGAGACAAUGUCUCCACCCCGAAGCUUGCAGCAAGGACCUCACUCUACCGACGUAUUACGCGCGUUUCCACGACAUCCGCAAGGAGUACGUGCGCGCGUAUACGCUGCGUGCCGUCAACGGGGCGCGCGCGGUGCCACCACCGCCACCGCCGCCAGACCACCCCGGCUCACUGUUAGAUAUGCUCAACUAUUUAGGAAUAAGCCCAUACAGCGGAGACAACUUCUACGCUGCAGAAGUGAAAGACAUGGCCAGCAUUAUACAGAGGAUAAUUACUGAUGGUUUCCGGUUAGAGUUGCCCGAGACUGUCGAUUUAGUUUUAGAAACUGGUAUUUGCUCAAAAGACGAUGAAAUUGAUGGUAACUGCAUAGUCCGCGCCCGUGGUCUGCCUUGGCAGUCUUCAGAUCAAGACAUCGCCAAGUUCUUCAGAGGUCUCAAUGUUGCAAAGGGUGGAGUAGCUCUGUGUCUCUCGCCUCAAGGGAGACGUAACGGCGAAGCGCUGGUGCGGUUCGUGUCUCAGGAACACAGGGACAUGGCGCUCAAACGACAUAAGCACCAUAUCGGCUCGCGGUACAUUGAGGUGUACCGUGCAAGUGGCGAGGAUUUCCUGUCAGUGGCAGGGGGCGCCACCUGCGAGGCGGCUGCCUUCUUAUCCCGGGGAGCGCAAGUCAUCGUGCGGAUGAGAGGACUGCCCUAUGAUGCUACACCUCAGCAAGUUCUUGAUUUUUUCUCAACGGGCGAGAAUCCAGUAAUGGUGCUGGAUGGAGCUGAAGGUGUAUUGUUCGUACGUCGAGCUGAUGGAAGGGCUACUGGGGAUGCCUUCGUUCUCUUUGCCAAGGAAGAUGACGCGCCCAAGGCGUUAUCUCGACAUCGCAAGUCUAUAGGAGCUCGAUACAUCGAACUGUUUCGGUCUACUACGGCUGAAGUUCAACAGGUUUUAAAUAGGUCCCUAGAGACCCGUACGAGCCAGUCCAGCACGCCUUCCACUGCACCUACUCCAGCUGAAGGUCUCCUGCCCGUAGCCUUAGUGCCCCAGCAUGUCAUCACAUCUGGAACCGCUAAAGACUGCGUCCGACUAAGGGGCUUGCCUUAUGAGGCGCAAGUGGAACACAUACUGACCUUCUUGGAUGAGUUCGCCAAGAACAUAGUGGUGCAAGGCGUGCACAUGGUAUACAAUGCUCAGGGUCACCCCAGCGGCGAAGCAUUCAUCCAGAUGGACAGUGAAGCGAGCGCCUUCCUCUGCGCGCAGCAGAAACACCAUCGAUACAUGACCUUCGGCAAGAAGCAGCGGUACAUUGAGGUGUUCCAGUGUUCCGGCGACGACAUGAACCUGGUGCUGACGGGCGGCGUGACGCCGGCGACGUCCCCGAAGGUGUUGUCCCCCGGUACGUUGGUGUCCCCCCCGCCGCCCGCGCCCGCGCCCCGCCUGCUGGCGCAGCAGAUCGCGCACCAGAGCCUCCUCGCGCGCCAGCACGAGAACCUCCUCCUCGCCUCCCUCCGCCCCCCCAUCGUCCCCAUCCUGCCCACGUACGCGGCCGUCCGCUCGCAGACCCCGGCCGCACAGGCCUACCAACUGCCCCAAAUGUCGCAGAUGCUACAACAGCAGACGAUGCUGCCAACCAAACGGUCUUAUGAGCGCGCCUUCCAGCCCACAGAGGCGACGCCCGCAAAGAGGCCAUAUGCCAUGCCGCCUCAUAUGACUCCUGCUUUGUCUCUGCCAGUUUUCUCUUACGGCACGUCGGCUCCUAUAUUCUCUUACGCGAACACGAGUCCUAUGUUGUCGACGUACAAUACGUUGCCGACCGCUUUGCCGACCGCCUUGCCGGCGGGGUACGGGUCUGCGCUGUCCGCGGCUCUGCCAGGGUCCAUGACGACGCCCUUCCCUACGCUGUCCAUGUUCCCCACGUACCCGUACUACCCGGGCGUUUAAAUUGAGAUAGAGAAGUAGAUCGUCGUGCCUGUCAAAUGCCGAAUUAACUACGCGUUUUAAACGCAGCGUCUUGUUACGAAACAACGCAAAUAAAAAUAAACUAAAAUUAACGCAAUUUCUAAACAUUACCGGUUCGCGGUACCGUUGGUAAGUGGUACGGUUCCACAUAAACAUACAAUGGCUUGCUACUUCCAUAGUUAGGUUACGCAGAAAAAUAGUUGAUAACUCAUGAACUAACACCAUUAAACUCGCACUUCUUUAUUACAAAACGUAGUUUACAAUUCUUUUAACUAUAUUUUGUAAGAAGAGUGACAAAACUGAGUACAAUAGUCAACUAACUUGCUAAAACAAGAGUACCUGAGGGGAAAUAAUAGUUAAAAUAAAGAAUAACUAACCAAUAGUUUAAACGCCUUAUUAUAAGUCUAAAGUCGCAAUAACUUGCGUUGCGUCAAAAUCGCAGCUACGUGUGCGUUACGACAGCUAGACCAAGUCACAAAAAUGUCUAUAAAAAAUGCGGAAAAUAAUCUACCAUAGUUAUACAGGACGGAUGUAAAAUUUAAGACAAUGUAUAAUUUUUUGAGGAUUUGGCAUUAACUCGGCAAGAAACAGGGUAGAUAAAAUGACAUUCGACAAUACGCUCAGGAGUGUGAAGUGCCUUCGCUAUUUUUACGAUAUUUUUAGGUUAUAAACAUGAAUUUACUACAAAAAUAAGUUUAAAAUCUAUAAAGGCAGUUAUUAAGCAGCUCGAUAUUGAUAGGUUUAGUACUUACUUAAUAUACUUGUUGAAUUUAUUACUUGACUUUAAAUAUUGUUGAACUCUCAUUUUCAUAUUUUUAAUUAUGAUUAAGUGAACCAGAGGUUGUUAAUCAAUGACAAGUUAGUUGUAUGAUUUAUUUUACGUUUUUAAGUUCGGGGCUGCCAUUUAAUAUCUACUUAAUUUUUAUUUUAGGAAGAAACUAUUUAGAAACGAAUCAAUAAUGAACAUUUUAAUAAUUUUAUUAAUUUUAAUGUUGGACUAAAAAAAUGAUCAAAAUUAUUCGAAGUUCGUAAGGAGACGUUGUAAAUCCAAUAUGGCAGCCCCAAAACAGUGUGAUUAGAUGUCGUUGUGAUUUUUAAAUAUUACACAUUCCAUUAUAAAAAGACAAUGUUUUGCCAAUUUUUUGAAGGCUGAUCUUUAAAGUCUGAGAAAGUGUUAGGUACUUAUUGUCGUAUGAAGCUCAUGUAUUGCACAAAACACACUUAAAUCAAGAGUAAAAUUAAUUAUAUUAUAUAUUAUUAUUAAUGUUUGUUUUUAAAGAUUACAGCUUAAUUGUGGCAACUAAAUAUAAAUACUCGACAGUAAUGAAAUAUAGCACAACAAAAGUUCGUUAAAAAUACUGAACAUUAUCCUGUCAUGUACUUUAUUAGAUGCUAGCACAAGUUACCCCAUUCGUUUUUAUUAACAUCUUGACUAAUUAUGAGACAUUAAAAAUAUAUUGUCUUGUGCCGAGAUUUAAAUGAUCCGGCAAACCAAGGAGUAACAUCUGUUAUAAAACAAGAUUUUAGACAAUCUGGUGGUAAUUUGACUUUAAAUUCAUUACAUUCCAAGUAUAAGUACCUAAUAUCAAUUGAUACAGUUGCAGUAUAUUUGCUUCGCGACUUAUAUUUAAGUUCUAUAAAUGUUAAGUUACUUAAAGUUUUGUUUUUGUUUGUUUGAGUACAAUGCGUGUGUACACUUUGUGCUUAGUUUACACGUUUUUUUUUAAUUAUAGUGUUUUUGCUACCAUAGUCAUACUCUGAAACCAUAUGCAAAAUGAAUUGAUCUUUUCGUAUUUUCAAUCGGCUUCAGUUCUACUUUUUGCGAAAAUAAUAAUAUAUUAUUAUAUUUUACAUGUAUUUAAAUAAAUGUACUAAAUCGCGUAUACAUGCUUUUUUUAUUUUAAAUCUUAUCUAAAAGAGCUUUUCAUUAUUUUAUUAUUUAGAUGUACUUAGCUAAAAAACACCCGUUCGAAAAAAGAAUCGUUAGAAAUCAAUAUAACACAAACUUUAAUUUAUUAUAAUAUAAGAUCUAUUUUGAAAUAAUAAAAAAAAUGUAAUCGUUUCGACAACUGUUAAAAAUAAUUUUAUAUAAAUUUAAGUUCAUUUUAAAUAUUUUAGGACGGCCGCGGAAUCCUAUAAAUUUCCCAUUCCUUCCCCUUAUUAUACAGUCCAAAUUUUACAAUAUUAUAUCACAAAAUAACCCACGGUUAUAUCACUUAGCUUAACCUCAUCGUCUGUACCUCACACCACAUAGUAUAGUCUACAUUAAAAUUAUAAUUUACUGCUACUAAUUUGGUUUAUAUUCUCGAAAAUUCACGUUACAAUGACAAGAAAAUACAUAUUAAUAUGAAGUCUAUAAGUUAUUUUAAAAAAGUCGUGUGCGUCAUUGUAACUGGACCAUUUCGGGAAUAUAAUUCAAAUCGGGUGAUUUGUAUAACGGAACAGUUUAUACUUGAAAGUUAACGUCAUUUUAUAUGGUGUCGCCAUUGUCUCAAUAAUCACAAAUAUAUAGGUAUGGGGCUUUAGUCACAAUACACGGUGUAAUGGCUAAUCUUUGUUCUGUCAUUUCUAAAUAUUAUUUACUUGUCGUAAUUUCUACAACAUGGUCCAGAAACAUUUAACUAUUUUACCUACUCAUUUUUAGAACGUCCAUGUUCCUGGAAUUACGAUUUAGUCUAUUUACAAUGCAAUACUGUGUUUAUUAAUGGUUAUAUAAAAACUGUUGUAUUAUGGUGUAUCCGUCGGGUUGUGUUAUGGAAAAUGUGCAUGAAACCCAUCAGAAACGGUAAGUGUUGCACACGUUAUGUAAUAUUUGUAAUAAAACCAAGAACAUGUCGUAUAUCCAAUUAAAAAUUAAGGGUGUAGCAUGAACCGCUUAUAUUUAAGGAAAGGGUUGCAUGGCUCGUGUUAAUAAAAUAUAAUCCGAUGUUUUAGCUUCCGUAGUUUUCCAAAGCACAUCGCGGUCGGAUACAAAUCAGUUUCUUUUGCGAAACUAUAUGUUACUGUUUCAUAAAAUUAUGUACACGGUUGUAACUUUAUCUUGGUACUAUGGGUCACUUGAAUUAGGUUUAAAUGCAUUUGUAAGUUACUAAUACGGCGCUAAAGUGACGAUAUGAAGUUUUUCCUAGAGCUACAUCUAUGCAUUGUGCUUCCAUAACUUGUAGUAAACAAAUCCUACAUAGUAUCAUAAGUUAAAGUUCAUGUUCAGUCUUGGUAAGGGUUCUGUCUCCUCCAGUCAUUAACACGCAACUUUAUAUCACAGCUUCUUCUUCUCUUGCUAUCUCAAAGAUCUCCGCUUUACUUUAUUUCGUAAUGGAGUAAAAUUAUCAAUUCGUUGUACUUAAGAUGUAUUUUUAUAAUUUUUAGUGCAUGACUUACUUAUUCAAGUAAUCACCAAUAAUUUUAUUGUUUUACACACGAAGACAUGUUUUUUACUGUUGCACUAAAUUUUAUUUAAAUAUAUUUGUGUGUAGUGACUGGGGGACGUGGUGUGAGGAUGUUGGAUAUAUUCCGCUCGUUAUAAUGUAGACAUACGUCACGGGUCACAAUUUAAACUGCCAAAGCGUUUCGAUUACAGUUAUCAUUCCAUUUAAAUAUUUAAAAGCAAACUUUUUCGAUGCGCUUAAAAUUUGACAACUAUGAAGCCGAAAAUCAUAUUUCAAAUGUAGUUUUAUUGCAUAGAACUAAGUUUUUUCCGUUUUACAGAGUUUUUGUCUCAUCUUGUUAGCAUCAUGAUGGUUUUUUAUUAUAAUUUUAGUUGGAUAAAUAUAGUGUAUUGCGAUUAGAAAUAAAAGGUUACUUUACAUGUUAGAUGAUAAUUGCGAGUUUCUCUGGUUUGUGGUUGUGCUAUUGUCUCUUAUAUGUACUAUUUCUAAGGUCGGGAAUGGAAUGGAUCUGAUUUUUUGUUCAUAAAUUCACUUUAAACUUUCUCCUCUAGCGAUUUAUGUUGCUUGAAAAGUUUUAUUUUGGGUAUAAAGUAUGAUUUAAUUUUAUCAUUCUAAUGUCUACAUUAUAGGUGAAUAAAGCUACCCACAAUAAAAUAUGUUCUAUAUAAUUAGCAUUGUAAUGUGGAAAAUCAGUUUCAUAAUCCAAGUCUAUCCAAGCUUCGUCGCGUAGAUAGCAGAGGUACUUGUGAAGGAAUGGUUGAACUAACACUCGAUCGCUUGAUCUGUCUCCGCUACAGUACAGUAUCGUCCUAUAUGUUGUACUAACACACUUCUGGGUGAGUGGGCAAAUGAGUUAUUGGUAAGUUUUUAUUAAAUUUAUUAUAGAUAGAAAAAAACCGACUUUUGUAACGCAUUUUAUAAUAAUGUCAUACAAAUUAUAAGUAGGGGGUCCCGUCGUUGUGACGCACAUUGUCAUAAAAAUGGUGGCAAUAUUCUAAACAAUCAUAAUCAUAUUAUAUUCAUGAACUAAAAAAAAUGUAUUUAAAGGCCAUAAUUAUUCGCUGGCAUUGGCAUAAUGAUUAAAAUAUUGCAUUAAUAAGACAAAAAUUCACGAAAAGACCGAGUAACAAUGAAAACAUGCAAGAGCGGACAUCAGUUUUUUAAUAGAGAAAUCGUGCUCAUUUUCUUAGGGCAUUUGUUUAUAUAGAUUUUAUAAUAAACUGAAUACAUACAGUGUAACAUAGAUUAUACUCAGAUUGUACAUCAAUCAAGCGCUUUUUUAAAUUGAAAUAUAAAAAUAGGCUGCACAAUUUAACUUUGAUAAUAAUAAAGACAAUCGUGUUAGGUAUAAAUCCCUAUAAAAAUAUACAGUUUAACUCUUCCUUCACAAGGUAACAGAUACAUAGCACAAUCAUGCCUCCUCCUAAUGCUUUUAACGUUCCUCGUACGUCUAAGACUUUGUACAAACCUUUGGGACAUAAAUAAACCCCAAAUAACGAACACUAUAAGCACAGGCUUCAUUAUACAUAUAAUUAUAAUAAUUAAUUAAUAU